CGUUCUUCCAUGCUACCGUGGGCUGAAAUUAACACCCACGCUGCAGUGGUGGCUGCUGUCUCCGUCUCCGCAACGCGGUUUUAUGACUAUAACGGAGCUUUCUGCUGUCUCCGUCUCUGAGUUCCUGUAGAACGACGUUCUAGAGUGUUUCUUUGUUCAAAGUCGAGUCUUCUCCAGAGAGAAGUCCCGAAAGACGCCUUCCCUGUGCAUCCAGGACCUUCGAACCUCCUGAAGACAUGAGCGCGGCGCCAGCUACCUGCACAACGCCAGUUUCCUCCUUCAGAGAGCGUCCGUCUUUCUCUCAUGCUGUAUGGAGUUUUUUCUCUUUCGAGAGUCCGUGAAUUUACUUCUGAAAGGCAGCAGCUCCUUCUUCACCGUUUCCCCUUCACGCGGUCUUCCUUUCUGCGAUCCAACCGGACUUCACCAACCAUGGGGCUUGGGCUGUUCUUGAGGACAUCGGCUGCGCUGCUUCAAGCGCUCGCCUGCUGUUCAUGGCUUUCUCUAUCAAACGCUGUCUCGUUUUCGUCGCCGUCGUCGCGUGGACGUGUUCUGGAUGCUGUGUCUCUCUCAACUCCAUGCCCCCUCGCUUCUUCUCUGGCACUGGGUCAGAGCAGGUUGUCGCGCCGUUCUCCGCCAACGUCGGGGUCACGGCCCAGCGCCCUGUGCCGCCCGUUCGCUUCGAACUCUUCGGCUUUCCUCAUCUCGGCGGGACGCGAGACAGUCGCAAGCUCGCCGUUUCGCUCGGAAAAUGCGUUCUCUACUGGAGCCGUGAAGUCUCUUUCGAACUUGUCUCCUCAAAGCCGCCUCCUCGCCACCGCCACAUCCAAAGCAGGCUUGCGGAAGAAGCGUCUGGACAGCCUAAGCCCCAGCGAGCUGCGCGGGAAACGCGUUCUGGUGCGCGCGGACCUCAACGUUCCUCUGGAGGUUGGGAAGGAGCGCGGGGAGCACGGAGAUGCGGUGACGAUUUCGAACGACGCCCGCAUCCGAGCCUCGCUGCCCACCCUGCGGUACCUCGUGGACAGCGGCGCCAAGACGAUCGUCUGUUCUCACCUGGGUCGACCAAAGACGGAGGAAGACAGGAAGCGGCUUUCUCUCAAACCGGUUGCCGACCGACUUCAAAGCUUGUUGGGGAACGCCCGAGUGCUCAUGGCCCCUGCCGUCGUCGGCGCGGAAGUCCAGGCCAUGGCAGACAAGAUGGAAAAUGGCGACAUUCUGCUCCUUGAAAAUGUUCGGUUUGAAAAAGGAGAAACAAAGAACGACGAAGAACUGUCUCGGAAGUUUGCGAACCUCGCGGACAUGUUCGUCAACGACGCCUUCGGCACAGCUCAUCGGGCUCACUCCUCGACAGCUGGAGUCACUCAGUUCGUCAGCCGUUCAGUUGCUGGCUUCCUUCUUCAGCAGGAGCUCGAGUACCUCUCUACGGUGGUGGCCAAUCCAGUCCGACCCUUCGCAGCCCUGGUUGGCGGAGCGAAGGUCUCCUCCAAACUCGGCGUCCUCCGCGCCUUGAUUGAGAAAGUUGAUAAACUUGUCAUCGGUGGUGCGAUGGCUUUCACUUUCCUGAAGGCCCGCGGCUUCAACGUUGGAGCGUCCAUUGUCGAAGACGACCAGAUGGAGGCUGCCACGCAACUCGAGGCGCUGGCCAAGGAGAAGGGCGUGGAACUGAUUAUUCCCGGCGACGUAGUCGUGGCGGAUCGUUGUGCCGCAGAUGCACAAACAGCCGUCGUUCCUGUGACUGAAAUUCCUGAAGGUUGGAUGGGUCUCGACAAUGGGCCGCAGACGACGGCGAGGAUUGUGGAGGCGCUUCAAGACUGUAAAACGGUUCUCUGGAACGGUCCCAUGGGCAUGAGCGAGUAUGCGCCUUUCGCAGCUGGCACACAGGAAGUCGCUAGAGCCCUCGCUGAAAUCACUCGACGCGGGGGUACGACAGUUGUCGGUGGAGGUGACUCUGUGGCGGCAAUAGAAAGGUUGGGUCUCUCCAAUGAAUUUUCGCAUGUCUCUACGGGAGGCGGUGCAUCGCUUGAACUGCUUGAGGGCAAGACACUGCCAGGUGUUGCGGCGCUUUCAGACGAAGAAGAGACGCCUUGACAGAGUGCGCGGCGAGCUGUGCGUUAGAGUAGAAAAGGACGCAUGUAGAGAGGUAUAGAGUGCAACAUCUGCAGCGAAGGUAUAUCAGCAAGGACCGCGGGCAAACGGCGUACGUGCGUCCGCGUGGAGCAAACAGCAGCGCGCCCUCUCCGAUUUCCCGUUGGUCGAUUUUAUUAAGAGCCCGCGGGUCGUCACGGUUAGACGAAGCCACCGUUUUAAUUUUUCUCGCUAAAGCGACUGAGGUCCGUUUGUGCAAGUGAUCCGGACUGCAGACUGGGAAUAAAGGGGUCCUGCCUAGUCGCAAACCGGAUGGCAUGUGAUUUAGGUUUUCAUAUUAAUAAACCCUACACCCGAAGCAGUCGGGUCUAGAUGACGGUACAACCGUUUGUUUCAUUUGAAAAACUGUUGGUUUCUGCCGCCGAUUGACACGGGGAGAACCCAGUUUUUGUGCCAAAAACUAUUCGCAAGUUCCUAUCCCAGUCGACGAAUGGCGAAGAGCGCUCCAGCAGCCGUUGAAACAGCACACUGAAGGAAUUCCUCAAAAAGAGAGCAG